AGUGUGUCAGGACGUGGCGGGUGUGUGGAGUAUGUCCAGGACGUGGCGGGUGUGGAGUGUGGCAGGACGUGGCGGGUGUGAGUGUGCCCAGGACGUGGCGGGUGUGUGGAGUAUGUCCAGGACGUGGCGGGUGUGGAGUGUGCCAGGACGUGGCGGGUGUGGAGUGUGGCAGGACGUGGCGGGUGUGGAGUAUGUCCAGGACGUGGCGGGUGUGUGGAGUAUGUCCAGGACGUGGCGGGUGUGUGGAGUAUGUCCAGGACGUGGUGGGUGUGUGGAGUAUGUCCAGGACGUGGCGGGUGUGGAGUAUGUCCAGGACGUGGCGGGUGUGGAGUAUGUCCAGGACGUGGCGGGUGUGGAGUGUGGCAGGACGUGGCGGGUGUGUGGAGUAUGUCCAGGACGUGGCGGGUGUGUGGAGUAUGUCCAGGACGUGGUGGGUGUGGAGUGUGUCCAGGACGUGGCGGGUGUGGAGUAUGUCCAGGACGUGGCGGGUGUGGAGUGUGCCAGGACGUGGCGGGUGUGGAGUAUGUCCAGGACAUGGCGGGUGUGGAGUAUGUCCAGGACGUGGCGGGUGUGGAGUGUGGCAGGACGUGGCGGGUGUGAGUGUGUCCAGGACGUGGCGGGUGUGGAGUGUGGCAGGACAUGGCGGGUGUGGAGUGUGCCAGGACGUGGCGGCCAGACGAAGUGCUGGCAGGACGGCCCUGCCUGGCAGGCACCCCCGCAUCAUUCGGGGCCUUGUGAGAGCGCCGGGCACAUAGGAAUGCUCUGCGCCAGGCAUGGGACCGGUGCCAGCUGGGAGGCCCGCCACUACGGCAUGGAGACAGUGCCCUGA